CGUUUUGUUGCCGGAAGUGUUAAGUGGAGGUCACGGGGGAGAGGGUGUAAAGGUGCCCUCUGGGCCAUGCAUUGAGUGCUGCGGUCAUUCUUGGUUGAGGAUAUGGCCAAUCCUCUGAGGGGAGAGGUAGUGAAGCUCUAUAAGAAUCUUUUGUACCUCGGACGGGAGUAUCCAAAAGGGGAAAUCUACUUCAAGGAGCGCCUGAAAAGGGCCUUUAUUAAAAAUAAAGAUGUCACCGACCCCGAGAAGAUUAAAGAACUCAUUGUUAGAGGUGAAUUUGUUGUUAAAGAGAUCGAAGCUCUAUAUUAUCUGAGAAAGUACCGAGCCAUGAAACAGCGCUACUAUGAGGAAAGCCCCAAGUGACAACUUCUAUAACGUCUGGAUUAUUACUGGUGACAGCAUAGCCAAGAAGGGUUCCACUCAUUCUCUAUUACAAUACACCCCAAUUAUUUUGCAAGCCAAUUGUUACCUGAGGAAGUCAUGACACCAAGAAUUGUAUAAAGCCUGCCCUUACCAAAUAAUUCAGUGUUUGGUGAAUGCGGGAGAUUGAAAAUAGACGUUAAUCCAAUCCCUAAAAAUCUUCUAUAAGCUUUAACAUGUUAUUAUUAU